AUGCUGCCUUUCCAAACAGUGCGUGCAUGAUCCCAGACAAUUUAAUCCAGAUAUAAUAAUCAUCAACGAAUUAUCCAGAUCAUGAUUAGCGGGAUUAGGUCAUCUCGGACGUUUCGUGUUUGAACGAUGUACGAAGAACGGGCACCAGAUCGCAAAAAGUCGAUGUUUGAAGUGUUGGUGUUUAUCAGCAGGUCUCGCGAGAUCACAGAAAAACAAAUCCGCCAUUUUGACCGCGUCUGUUUAUUUUACUCUUCUUGAAAGCGAUGCCAAAUGUGGCUGUUUUACCAUCAAUGGAUGCACGAAGAACGUUGCCACCGAAUCGUAAUCGCUAUAUCAGUGUGUGUAGGUUUAGUUUAGUGAUAUUUAUUGUCGUCGUUAUGUUUUCAGUCAGUGUGUUUACUGGCGCGCGGCGGCUGUUUCUGGCUAACGUUAGCAAUCAGAAACUGUUGCAUAACUUCUGAUCAUCUUUUAAGAACUCGAACAGCAACAUGAAGACCAUCUCUUUACUCUUCAUCAUCUCUUUAUUCAUCAACGGUGCUGUGACAGAUGAAGUCGAGUCAGUGUCAGUGAUGGAGGGAGAUUCUGUCACGUUACACACUAAUAUUGUGAUACAGACAGAUGAUUUGAUUGAGUGGAGAUAUGGAGCUCAACUCGAUCUCAUAGCAAAACUUAACCGAGAGGCCAAUAAGAUUUCAUUAUAUAAUGACACUGGUGGCAGAUUUACUGACAGACUGAUGCUGAACGAUCAGACUGGAGAUCUCACCAUCAUAGACGUCAGAUCUGAACUCGAGGGAGUUUAUCAACUAGAGAUCACUGGAAAGAAGGUUACAACAAAGACAUUCCGUUUUAGUGUGUUUGGUGAUGCAGAUGAAGGGAAGUCAGUGUCAGUGAUGGAUGGAGAUUCUGUCACUCUACACGCUGACGUUCCUGACAUCAAGAAAUUUGAUGUGAUACGCUGGAGGUUUCAACGUGGAAGCUCUUUUCUAGCUGAACUUAACAGAAAGACUUCCGUCUUCCCUAAAUAUGAUGUUUCUGAUGGGAGAUUCACAGACAGACUGCAGCUGGAUCUGACCGGAUCUCUGACCAUCACAAGCAUCCGAAUCAAACACUCUGGACAUUAUGAUGUCGAUAUCAGCAGCAUAACACACACCAUACACCGGUCAUACACCGUUACUGUCGGUGGUGAAGUGAAGUCAGUGUCAGUGAUGGAGGGAGAUUCUGUCACUCUACACACUGAUUUUACUCACAUACAGAGAUAUGAUAAGGUUGAGUGGAGGUUUGGAACUUCAGACACUCCUAUAGCUAAAAUCAACAAAGAUGUCAAUUUGACGUCAGUAUAUGUUGAUGUUCUUGAAGGGAGAUUCAGAGACAGACUGCAGGUGGAUGAUCAGACUGGAUCUCUCACCAUCAACAACAUCGAAACUGAUCUUUCUGGACUUUAUGAACUGAAGAUUAUCAACAGAAGACGAUCCAUUCAAAGGAGAUUCAUUGUGACUGUCGGUGCAUUGGGUCUGUCUUCGGGUGUUGUAGCAGGAAUAUGUGUCACUGUCUCGCUGCUUAUUGCUGCUGCCGCCGCCGCUGCCGUUUCGUACAUUCGCCGAUGUUUCCCUAAAGCAAGAACACUCGAGGUGAUGGAAGGAGAUCCGGUCACUCUACACACUGAUUUUAUUGUGAAACCUGAUGAUGUGAUUAAGUGGAGGUUUGGACUUCAAAGGACUCUCAUAGCUGAAAUCAGGAGCCCGAACGGCACAACAUGUAAUGAUGUUCUUGAUGGGAGAUUCUCUGACAGACUGACACAGAGUCCUCAGUCUGGCUCUCUCACCAUCAGUGACACCAGAACUACAGACUCUGGAGUUUAUCAACUGAAAAUCAUCAGCAGUAAUGAGACCUCAUACAAGAGAUUCAGACUGACUGUCACUAAUUCCAACAGAGUGAAUGAGACAGGUCCUUUGAUGAAUGGAGACAUUCAGCUGCAGUGAUGUGCUUCACUUUUACAGCUUUUACACACUGGAUGCAUAUUUUUUACAGGUCAUGUGAAAAACAAUGGAUAAAAGGAGGAAGUGUGACCCUGGACAACAAAACCAGCCUUAAGAGUCAAUUUUUCGAAAUUGAGAUUUAUGCAUGAUCUGAAAGCUGAAUUAAAAAGCUUUCCAUUAAUGUAUGGUUUGGUAGGAUAGGACAAUAUUUGGCCGAGAUACAACCAUUUAAAAAUCUGGAAUCUGAGCGUGCAAAUAAAUCAAACCAUUGAGAAAAGACGGUUUCAAAGUGACAACAUAAACAUGUGAUACCAAGCUCAACUGCUUAGAUGUCAAUGUGCCAUACAGGUUUCUUUAAAGGUGGGAUAACAUUCUGUCAUGCAUUCUGACUUCUUUACAGAGUUGAACUUGCUGGCUUCUCAUGCUUAACAAGGUCAGCUUGUCAAAAAACAAGUUGGACGUAUGAUGUAGUAUUUCUGUGCUUGAUACGCUCCCCCAGAACUCCAACUUGUUUCGGAAAGUUUUUUAUAAGUCUAUCCCUGUUUCGUAACGGGGAUCCUAUUCCUUUUAUUGGACAAUUCUCCCAGAAAAGCACGCCCACGGCAAGGUGAAAGGAAAAGCCUGCCCACGCGCCAACCAACGAGAUAUAGGAAGACCCGCUUAUAAAGGUUGGCUGCGCUGUGUCAAGAUUGGCUGCGCUGUGGGCCUGCAGCUGCAGCUCGUUACACUUGCUAUAGUGAGAGAAGUUGAGGUGUGUUUGUUUGUUCACGGCAUUUCAGUGAUGGAUGUUAUAUAAAGGUGGAUAUAACACUGGAUUUGGAGAUUGUUUGAAACUGAUAGAUGGCGUGGUCCCAGUGUUAAAAGACGCCGGACAUGAAGCCAUAUGUCUUUGUUUUGUUGGCGAUCGGCGCGUAUAUUUCAUCGUAACUUUAAUUUUCAGCUUAAAAGCUGCGAUAAAAGAGAAGUUAACACGUUUAAAACGAAUAAUGAAAAAUGAAAUUAACAUUUAUUUCUCUUAAGAUGUAUAAGUGUUGUUUUCGUUCUUAGCUUGAAAUAUAACGACUGCUUUUCUGAAAUAAGACCUGAAAUAACAAACCUCAAUGACAUGCGGUGGCUAAAUGCGACCUCCGGAGGACGACAUGGAUACCCGACAUCCUGUCCAGGACUUGUCCGGGAAAAUGGCACGUAUGGUGGUCACCCUAACCAACACGCCUCUUUAUUGUGUCAGAACACAAAAGAAGAUAUUUUGAAGAAUGUUAAUAACCGAACAGCGGUGGCACCCAUUGAGGAAUGUUGGAUCGGCGUAAGUGAUCUCCACUCUGUUUUCAACUGUUUCAACAAUGGCAGAACAUCAGAAUUGCAGCGGUCACCAUCAGAGAUCCGCCAACAGCACAAGAGAUCAAAACUUUAUGACUGAAGGUCUGAGACCGUUCUGUAAUGAACAAUAAGAGUCAGUACUGUAACCGAAUCCGUCUGAUGUCAACUUCAAUAUAUAAUAGAGAGAGUACAAAUGGUAGCUCUUCACUCACCGUAGACAGUGACGUUGAAUCUGCAUGUGGUCUUCUGCCAGCUGCUGAUGGUGAUUUGAUAAAGUCCAGAGUGAGCGAUUCUGUUGUUUGUGAUGGUGAGAGAUCCAGUCUG